AUGCCUUCCAAUAUAAAACAAACUAAUUGGUUUGAAAUAAUAAAACAAUUCAUCUCAUUCAAAAAUAUUAAGUUUAAAAUGCAAGCUUUGGGUAUAACCUGGCGAAGGAUAACCAGGAAUGUCCAUACAUCUGGUGCUGUUACUAGUCUAAGACAAGUAGUGAAAGUGGCUUUUAGCGAUAAGUAUUUGUUUUAUACAAAUGUUACCAUUUCAGUAAGUUUAUCAUCAUUAGGAGAUUUAAUGGAGCAAACAUAUGAAAUUUAUACUAAGGAACAAGAUAAAUAUGACAAGAAAAGAACUGUGCAUAUGGCAUUUUCUGGGGCCGCAGUAGGUGUAUUGUGUCAUCAUUGGUAUAAAGUUUUAGAUAGAUUUAUCAUAGGUAAAACUUUUGACAUGGUAGCAAAAAAGUUGUUCCUUGACCAAAUCAUAUUUUCACCAAUUAUGAUAGUAACAUUCUUUGGUAGUUUAGCACUAUUUGAAAAGGAUCCUUUAAAAAACUUUCAAGAAGAAGUAAAAGACAAAUUUGUUACUUUAUAUAAAGCAGAGUGGAUGGGUAUGAUGUUUAUACUUCUCAAG